AUGCUUAGGGGGUGGCGGCCACCUGCCACCACACUCCAGAUCCCCGUUGUCCCUGGGACACAAACCUCUCAUGGCACCGGUGCCACCACUCCACGAGCAUCCCCUCGUCCCCCUGUGUCCCCGCAGGCCUACUCCCUGCAGCACAGCACCGAGGACCGCCUGGCCUACCUGGACCACCUGCUGGGCGGGGAGCUGGCCCUGCAGCUGCUCUUCCUGCUCUACGGGCUGCUGGCCCUGGCCUUUCUCUCGGGUUACUACGUGAGGACGGCGGCGCAGGUGCUGGCCGUGCUGCUGCCCCUGGCCAUCCUGCUCAUCGACGGCAACCUGGGCUACUGGCACGCGCUGCGCCGCGUCGAGUUCUGGAACCAGAUGAAGCUCAUCGGCCAGAACGUCGGCAUCUUCGGGGCCGUGGUCAUCCUGGCCACCGACGGAUGAGGGGAGAGAGGGUGGGAGGGUUUUUGUAAGGAGCGCCGCUAUUUAUUUGUUGAUUUUUUUUUUUUGGUGGUGUUUGUAAAUAUUUGAUAAUUUUGGCGGAGGAUGCUUAGGGGGUGGCGGCCACCGUGUGGCCAGGGCCCCUCUCGCUGCUGAGGGGUGUCACUGCUCCCCCCACACCCCCCAAAAAAAAAAAGUAUUUUUACUG